AUGCAAUCCGGUGCAGUGAUCUGUCUCAGCGAAGGCACCCCUCCUAUGCCUGCAUCUGUUACCAAUGCUGUCUGUGGUCCUCAGGUACCUGGCACUGCAAAACCAAAAAAGGGAACCAAAUUGGCAGACCUCAAUCCCUGCCCUUUGAACUCUUGCUGUGAUGUUUGGGGACAGUGCGGCAUCUCGAAAGACUAUUGCACGGACACAAGCUCUGGCGCACCUGGAACCGCCGCUCCCCACAGCAACGGAUGUAUUUCAAACUGCGGCAAUGAUAUCGUGAACAAUGAUUCCGGGCCUAGCACGUUUCGCAAGAUAGGCUAUUUUGAGGCAUUCAAUGUCGAUCGCCCUUGUUUGAACAUGGGCGUUAGCCAGAUCGACACAUCUAAAUACACCCAUCUCCAUUUUGCUUUUGGAAACCUCACCAGCGAUUUCAAUAUUGAUAUUGAAACCUACAGGGUGGGUUUUAACCAAUUUGUUAAUUUGAAGGGCGUCAAGCGCAUCAUUUCUCUUGGCGGCUGGGCAUUCAGCACCGAUCCCAAUACCUACAAUAUUUUCCGCGAGGCCGUGAAAGUAGAGAACCGAGAGAACUUUGCCGACAAUGUAGCCGAGUUUUUAAAGAAAUGGAAUCUGGAUGGUGUUGAUUUUGAUUGGGAGUAUCCCGGUGAGCCUGAUAUUCGUGGUAUCCCAAAGGGAAGCAAGGAAAAUGGAGAAGAUUAUUCUUCCUUCCUCGCGAUUUUGCGAAAGAAGGUGAGCGAACGCAGCAUAUCAGUGGCUGCUCCAGCAUCCUAUUGGUAUCUGAAGGGAUAUCCAGUUGGUAAAAUGGAUGCUUCUGUUGACUACUGGGUGUACAUGUCGUACGACUUGCAUGGGCAAUGGGAUUUUGACAAGCCAUGGGCAACACCUGGCUGCACUAUGGGAAGUUGCUUACGAUCUCAUGUGAAUUUGACGGAGACUCUCGACGCCCUUUCUAUGAUUACCAAGGCGGGUGUGACUUCAAAUAAGAUUGUUGUUGGUCUAAGCAAUUAUGGUCGGUCUUUUAAGAUGGCGACAGCCGGAUGCACGGGGCCUAUGUGCACAUAUACUGGCGAGGCAUCAGGAGCAAAACCAGGCCGCUGCACUCGAACGGCUGGCCUCCUCGCCGAUGCAGAGAUCAAUGAGAUCAGACAAAAAGACAGCACCGCAAAAACUUGGAUUGAUAAGGAUAGUGAUAGUAACAUCCUUGUCUAUGAUUCUGUUCAGUGGGUUGCGUAUAUGGACGCAGAUAUUCGCAAAUCACGAACAAACCUGUACAAAGGAAAGAAUCUGGGUGGUGUGGUCGAAUGGGUCAUUGAUAUGGAAGAAUUUGAAACUCCGACGUCACCCCCAACAUCUACCACUACUGCACCUGCUGUAUCUGUCACAGCUACCGCCCCGGCAAACAUCCAGGGGGCUAUCAACCCAUAUCUCUACAGCUGCACAAAUGCACAGAAGAAAAUCGUCCUCCAGACAUGGGAGGAAGCUUCCAUUUUGGCCCAAGGACACUAUGAGUGGUUUCCAGGUGAGAAAUGGCAGGAUGCCAUGACUCUUUAUAUUGGAAGUAAAUCCAAGGAUGAUUUUAGUUUUUUCGGAGGCCAAGGACCAUUGAUGGAUAACGUUGAGAGGCAAUACAAAAUUCACUUUGGCCAUUUCGGAGAUGCACCCGUCAACACCUAUGGUUACUUCUAUUGCGAUGAGAGCAAGGUCCCAGGCAGCCAUAAGAAAGAUAAGAACGGCAAAAAGUCCCCAUCGUGCGAUGAACCCGGCGUAUCAACUUAUACGUGGGACGACCCGGGCAAGUUCUGGUCCGCACACUAUGUCGUCCUCUGCCCCCAGUUUUUCAGCAGCAGGAUGAGCUCACUUUUGUCCGCGGUGGAGGCAGCUGAUGGUGAUCCAGUAGUCCAGCGCUACAUAGACUACUGGAAGCCCCUCAGAGUGCGGUCCUUGUUCCACGAGACCUAUCAUUGGAAGAAUACUGUUUCGCAGGAGGAUUCAGUUAUCAAUGCGGAAUCUUGGGCAUUGGCGGCUCUCUCAAUUUAUUUGCAGCAGGUCUUUCAUUUGGAGAGUCCACCCACCGCUAUACCUAAAUCCUCUCCAGUGAUCGGUGGGGCCGAUAUACGAGAGCAUUACCUCGAUGCGCCCCCAGACUGGUGGGAGCGGCCCGUUGACCUUGACUCAAAAGCUUUCAACCCUUCCAUGGAUGACACAGUAAUGCUGUCCAGUAUGGGAUCAUUAAUGGAUUCGGGGCCCUUCCCUUCCUGUAUCAAUGGACUUUACGAGGAUAUGCAUCAAUGUGUGGAAAUCUGUGGUGGUGACGGUAGCACUUGCAAGCAAAGCCCCACCAAUGCCACAAUUGCGGAACUCCUCCUCUUGAUUCUUAGCAAGCGAAACAAAUGA